AUGUACGUGCAUUUCUUUACGACUUAUUCUUUACUCACCAACUUCAACUUGUCUUACAAUAUGAUUUCCGCUAUCUUCGACGGUGCUGCCCAUGUCACCGUCGCUGGGUGCCUCGGGGCAUUCUUUUUCAAGGAAACUGUGGUGGAUCACACGUCCAAGGCUGUCAAAGAAGCGGAGAAUGUUACCACUGGCCUCGUCAUAUCCGAACUCUGCAUUUCUGUCGUGGUCUUAGCUCUAGUUUCCCACAAGACCACCCAGAUACUCCUCAGUAAAGAUACCCAAUUCCCUCCGAAGCAUAAUUUGGCCGAACUCGACGUACCUCUCAUCUGCAACAAAAUAUCUGAUUUCUCUACUGCAACAGAAUCAAUUUCAUCGAAUCCAAUUGCAACCGAAUCUUGUGGCAUUUCUCUAUCAGCAUCAAUUUCAUCGAAUCUUGACUCCUGCACUUCACCAUCUACAUGUACACUAUGCACACCAUUGCUGUCAACUUGGAAUGCCAAGCGCCUCUCAAACGGUUCUGACACCACCCUCAUCGACCACGAUGACAAUUUCAUGAAGGACUUCUCGGCUGCGGAUCUUCAGGAAAGCACUCUCUCCAAGGACGACAGCGACUGUUCCAGUGGCGACCUACUCCUGGGCAUGAAAGCACUCACGAUUGAUGGCUCGAGUGGACCCUCUCAGCGGACGCAGCUCCAGUCAAUGAUCCUCAAGGACGGACGCCAGACGACAUCUGCAGCCACCGACGUUUCGCUCAGUCUCAUGGAUGCUUCAGCUCAAACGACCACGGGGCUCUCUCUCGGCAGCAUCCUGCCUCAGAUUGUCAUCCCCUGGCUGAAACCCCCGGAUAUGAAACGGCAUCAGAAUUUCCACCCGGGCAGAGACAAACACAAAUCUAGAUUGGCUCGCUUGGCCGCUGUCCGUGACAGCAUCAAGCGUACUCACACUAAGCAACUGGAACACAUUACUAUGAUCAAUCACCUUGAACAACUCCAUAACGAGCUCCUUGUCGACCAAGCCGCUCUUGUUGACGGUUGGGCAGCUGCCAUGGCGCAGCUUGGACUCACCUCUAUGUUGUCACCUGGACCACCGCUUCUACACCUGACGACGCCCAACCCGGGAACCUCGAUCGAAAUUGUUCAAGACUGA